CCGCCCCAAUAACUCUGCCCUAACUACCUUUCCUCUCACGGCUUUUCGCGGGGCUCACUUCGAAAUAAGAACACGUAAGCCCAACGGCCACGAAGGAGAUGCGUGCACACAUAUAGGACACUCGAAUGCUUCUUUUUAACGUGAUCACGAGAGGUGGCUCUCCGUGCGCGCCAGCCGAAGCAGCGCAGGGGAGGGGGCAGCCUCUCUCUCUCUCUCUCGCUUUUGCAACGCCAGAGCAUUGUGGGCAGAUUUUCCCCUGCAGCGAGCAAGGAGGCUCAUAAACUCUGCGAAGAAGCCCCGCUUGCUUCUCCAGCGCCUCGCCGGACUCCAGAGAGCGCUGUGCUGCCGGCCCAGGGAGGGGAGCUGCAGGAGCCGGCGCAGGAGGGCAAAGGAGCACCGGACGGACACCUCCUCAGCGCGGCCGGUGGGCUCACUCCGGCCAGCUGCAGUCCCCAGCCACGGGGCCCAGGUGGACUAAAUGUCUUCAGAUGAUGUUUCACUAAUGGCUUGACAUCUGUGGUCUGGACAGCAAUCGUCAUUAUGGAGAAUACAGAUGAUGCAUGGGCUUCCAAACCAGAAGAUAAAGAUCCACCCCAAAGCCCCUAUUCUCUUGAAACACCCUAUGGCUUCCACUUAGAUCUUGACUUCCUGAAGUACGUAGAUGACAUCGAGAAAGGAAAUACUAUCAAGAGGAUUCCUAUUCACAGGAAGGCAAAGCACCCAAAAUUCAGCACGCUGCCUCGCAAUUUCAGCCUUCCAGAAAAUGGAUCACGGGCCUACUCCUCAGCCCCAAACAAGAGCUUCCUUACGCAGAGGAAGGCCUCCCUAGGGGCAGAGGAAAGUAGCCCUGUUGUCACAUCGACUGACUCAUUGCCCUUAGCCACCCGUCCAAAUGAGCCAAGCUACAGACAAAAGGCCCCUUUAAUAGAGACUGUCAAGCAAGAUGCUGCGCACCUUGAAGAGGAGACUGGCAACUGUAGAGGGAGGCCUCAGCUUUUGAGGGCAUCCAGUAUGCCUGCCACGCUGCCACCAAGCCAGGAUUCAGAAGUAGAAACGCAGCCAGAAGCUUUUCCACCGUUGACAUUCCUUCAGUCUUCUGAUGGGGAAGGCUUGGAAUUUGAUUUUGGUCCUGUAAGGGGACCACUGGAUUCAGAUUGGUCCAAGGGAUCUCCUGAAAAUCUGAAAAAUGUAAAGGAGCAAAUCAGUCAGGCCGUCCAGGAUACUGAGAAGCUUACGAGGCAACAGGAAGAAGCUAAGCUUGUGCUAGACCAGGGACAACCAGAGCUUACAAAUGAGAGAAUACAACCCAGUGCUUCAUGGCAAAGCCAGCAUUUAGUAUCUCAGGAACUGCAUGCAGUUGCUGAGAGCGGAGAAGAGGAAUGUGAUGCAACGGAGACAGAUGUUUGUCGGCCAUCCAUCCAAAGUGAAUUGACCACUUUCAGAGCCUUGGAAUACAGCCCUGAGAGCCAGACCCAGGAAGACAUAGAACUCAACAUAACUGAGACUGUUACAGCAGGACUACAGGAGGCGGAUGAAGUUACAAGCCCUGGCAUUGGAGAGAUGAAAGGAAACGUAAACCUCAAGCCUUUGCUCUCUGAAGAACCUAGCAAGAUAACAGCCUUAAAGCAGCAUAUUGCUAUUCUGGAGGAACAGCUGAACAACAAGACAGAAGAACUUGAGCAGAUUCGAGUAGUUUUGAAGCAGCAGGAUAAGGAAAUCAAGGCCAAGGAGAGAAGCAUUGAAAUGUUGGCAAAUUCCAAAGCUCAACUGGAAGAGAAACUCUGUGGGGAGAGUACCAAAGAAAUUACGCAGUGCAAGCAGGACAAAAUUGCCCUCCAGUACCAUGAUGCUGCUGUGAAUACCGAACUGGCAGCUAAGGAGGCAUCAGACAAAGGGGUUAAUGGAAGCAUCACUGUGCCUAUGGAAUCAAUAGGGUGUGAUGCCUGUGAAAUUGAUAAUAAGAAUAUGACGAUAAAGGAAGGGCAUAGGAAGCUGUUCCAUGUCCACCAUGAGAUGACAAGUGUUGAUGUUGGAGAAAAAGACCGUCCAUCUUUCCAGAGACAGAAAGAAAUGAAACAGGAAAAUGAUAGUUCCCCUCUCGAGCUAAGUUACAAUGAACUGAAGAUUGAUGAACACAUUGAUAAUGACAACUACCAGAAGGGAGUGUGCAACUAUGGCACACAGUUCUCUGCUGCUAGUGAAGAAAGCUGCUCAGGUGUUGAAGUGGUUGGCUCAAAGGCAGGAGGAAAUGAAGGCCUUUUUGAAGAAGAUUUUAAGCAGGAGCUGAAUGAGGAGGAAACCCGCCCAGAACCAAAGAAUUCACCUGCAGAUCCCAUUGUAGGCCAAUACGUUAAAAAAAUCCAGGAUCUGUUGCAAGAGCAGUGGACAUGCCUAGAACACGGGUACCCAGAACUCGCCAGCGCCAUUAAGCAGCCUGCCUCAAAGCUCAGCUCCAUCCAGAACCAGCUUGUUAAUUCCUUGAACUUGCUGCUCUCUGCCUACUCAACACAAACGCCGACAGACAAGGAGAAUUCCAACACACAGUAUCAUCAGUUGGAAAUUUCUCCAAGCACAAGCCUUAAAUCUAUAAUGAAAAAGAAAGACACUGGUUUCCAUGCAGGAGGUAACGGCACCAAAAAGAACCUUCAGUUUGUUGGGGUAAAUGGUGGUUACGAAACUACAUCCAGUGAAGAUUCAAGUUGCGAAGAAAGCUCCUCAGAAGGGAAUUCAGAUAGUGAGGCUGAGAGAAAGUGUGGCAGUGAUGAGCAUAGAUGGUGUGAAGAUGGCAAUGAAAGUGAACAAAGAGCUUCUGGAACUGCCCAUUACACAAGGAAAGAAGACCCAGAAGAGCAAGAGGGAACCACGCGACCAAGCACACAGCACAAGGCAGACAGAUUUAAACCCUCUACAGAUUUUCUGAAAGGAUGCCAGAUCUUGAGCAAACACCUGCCAGAAAUAAGAACCACAAAGGACAAAUUACUGAGGCACGUUUUAAGCACCAUCUGCCAGGAGUGGUUCCGAAUCUCAAGCAGGAAAUCCUCCAGCCCUGAAAUUGUGGCAGUUUACCUCCAAGAGGUUGAGGCAAUUCAUCCACAGUUAGAGAAUAUAAUUGUGAACUUGGCUGAUGGGAAUGGCAACACAGCACUUCAUUACAGUGUUUCUCAUUCCAACUUUCGGAUUGUGAAGCUUCUUUUAGAGACAGGUGUCUGUGAUGUGGACCAUCAAAACAAAGCUGGGUAUACAGCAGUAAUGAUCACACCACUUGCAUCUGCAGAAACCGAUGAAGAAAUGGACGUGGUCACAAAGCUCUUGAAAGAAGGCAAUGUUAAUAUACGGGCAAGUCAGGGAGGCCAGACUGCCUUAAUUCUGGGGGUGAGCCAUGAUAGAGAAGAUAUGGUGAAAGCCUUGUUGUCAUGUGGCGCUGAUGUAAACCUUCAGGAUGAUGCUGGUUUGUCACCACUGAUGGUUGCUUCUCAGUAUGGUAAUAUCGAAAUUGUGAAGCUUCUCUUGACCCAUCCAAGCUGUGAUGCUGCAUUGAUUGACAAGGCUGGUAAUUCUGCUUUGUCCAUAGCUUUGAAAUCUGCCCACAAGGAAAUUGCAGAGUUCCUUCGGAGCCACAUACAGCAUAGUCGACCUCUGAAUACAUAAAGUGAUGGAAUGGGAAACCGAUAACAAAAGACUCAUUAUUUUACCCAGCUCUGUAACCAAUUUAUAUGCCCAUGAUCAUAGCUGAUGAACUGCUGAUUUCUCUACUUAUGGAAAGGCGGAACUAUGUCAGCUAUUUGCAUACAUUUCUAAUGAAUGAGUCACUCCCUUAAACCUGCUUUUAUAGCCUUAACCUCUGACCAGUGGCACAAAUAAUGGUUAGAUUAUUUCAUUGCCUUUUCUUAAUAGUAAUUACUUCCACAAGUCAAGUUGUCUUGUCUCUUCUUCAGCAGCAGCUGCUUUCAGCUUAUCCUUUUUUUGUUUCUCAAAGCUUGAAUAACUACAGGGAAGCAACUAGGUUGGCCCUGGGCAUAGUUUUACAUUUUCGAAGACCAAGGACAAUGUGUUUUCAGAUAUGACAUCACCACCACACCAAAGCUGCCCAGGUUCAGUGAAGGUACAAGUAACGUGGAGCAAUUCUGAGAUACUUUAAAUAUCUUGAUAGCCUGAUGCUAUGUCAGCUUGUACUAACUUCAAAUAUACUAGGAAGUCUUCCUUCCUGCCCAGUAAAUCUUCCUCUGAUUCACUUAUUUUUGUUCUAAGCCUGUUGUUGCUGCACAGUCCAUUGCCUGCUCUGUCUUUCCCCCCUGCUGCAUCAGAGCAUCAUAUCAGGGACAACUCCGAGUGUAGUAGCACUGAUAGUUGCUGUUGGGCUAAGGCUAUGGUUUGGGUCUGAUCCCAGUACAAGGGCACAAAUUAGCACCCAUUCUUAGUACCUCAGCAGUUAUUACAAGAGGCAUUAGUUUGGAUGUGUUUGUCAAAAGGGCUUGGAUCCAACUGCAGCAGAACUUGAGAGUUGAGACUCGAGAUCCCCAUUGCAUGAGCAGAACUUCAUCUACAGAACUUGGGAUCCAACCAUGCUGUUGCCAUCACGCCAUGCUUUUCCAGGAGUGUCUCAUUUUAUGCAAUAUGUGACUCUGUAUCACCGUCCUAUCUGUUUCUAUCUGUCGCCCACCACUGCGGAUAGCAGAUGUUCUGAGACAAAGAAGAAGAAACGCACAGCAUGGCAGCAUCACAUAUAGGGUAAAACUAGACAUUACUGAGAAGAAAGGAAACAAAGACACAGAGUUAAAGUAUAGUUGAUAGUCGUCGAUUUGGCAUUGGUACCACAUCUUUGGGUUGGGCUCUGAAAACAGAUAUUGCAUAUAUCUCUUAAAGCACAUGAUGUUUCGAGUUUGUCUACAAGCACAGCAGUAAAGCAAUACUUUUUGGGUAACUUUAGAUAAUGAGUGUUGUUUGUAACCUUAACGCAUGUCUCAGUUAACUUGUAAGUACUGUGCUAUUUAUUACUAUUGAUUUCUAUAAGUACCGGCAGUCAACAUUUACUCAGCAUACAGCUACAAAUAUAGAUUGGGUAGAUUAUGUACAAUAUAUAUCUUGGUUGUGUUUGGUUUCUAUGGCUCUGAUGCAAGAAGUCAUAGCUAAUUAUUUACAGAAAUAAUUGAAUGUAUUAGAUCCAAACACAAACACACACACACAUCCUGUAUAUUCACAAAGCACAACCAUCUUGUUUUUUAUCCCUUUGGAAUUAUCAUAUAUAUGGCUUUCUUAUGUUUUUUUUUAAUUGAAUUUGAAUUAACCAGCCAGCAGAAAGCUUUGAAGUACAUUUCUCACUGGAAGUUUGGACACAAUUAAGAUACAGUGUGCUUUUUCAUUUUUUUAACCAAGCUAAGUAUGUAGAACAAAAUGACUUGAUCAUAAACUUCCUCAUGAGAAUUAUUAUUGUUUUAAGAUAUUUUCAUAAUUAGGUUCUGUAGAGCUAUUUGUGAUUAUGGCUUCAUAUGGAAGGUGCCUUUUGGGCAAACAUCUGUUCUCAUCUGUUUCAUCAGGCUAAAAUGCUGGAAAUCCCAAACUUGGUAGAUUGAAAUCUGUUGUACUAAUUUAUCUGCCAUAUUGUUUCAUUUAUUGAGUAACCUUCCACCCACAGGGUAGGCAGAGUUCUUCUGUGGGCUCUGGCAGCCUUCCAGAACUCACUACAAUGCACACAUACGAAGAGCUCGCUCAAAUUCCCAUUGCUCAACCACAAUGAAUAACAAAAAUACCUUCCAUAAUCCAGAAAUGGUGCAACCAGUUGUUCAUUUCCAGUGUAGCCUCCUCUUUUGAACAGCAGCUUUGUCGAAGUGAUAAUUUUAAGUUCAUCCUUAUUAACUGCUGUAAAAUGCAUCUGCUUAGCUUCUCUGCCUCAAAUUUAUCCUGCAAAUGUUAUGCUGAAAACUAGUUAAACUGGGGUGCAUGCAUGUCAGAUCACUCUUGCUUAACUACAGUAUUUGGGCUGUCUCUGCUAUGAGCAAUGUUUUGCAAUGACCCAUCAUUUAAAGCAAAUAAAUGGAACUGUAAAAUAACAGUCUUCUAUGCUGCAUGAUGAACUAUGUUUGAAAAUCAGGUGUGUUACGUUAAUAAUGUGGGAUGAAGCAUAGGGUUCUUUUCUGCAAAGAAGAAAGUCACAGAGCUCUCAGUGCAUGCACACAUUUCUUUAGGGCAAAGCUAAAGAAAAUUUCGUGAUGUGGUCAGUGCAGGAAGCAUUAGGGCUUCUCUGAGGAGAAAAAGGCAGCACUGAGGAGCUUCCCUCAGCACUAUUUCCCUGAUCAAAUUGGCUGUUUUGAAUGAUUAAACAAAAUGCAGUGGUCCUGAUCAUUGAGCUCUUGUGUCAUGAUUAAUUUUGCCCUAUAACAAAGCCAUUUAUGGUACUCAGUGGUUGGGUCCAGAUAUAAUGGGUUUCCAUUAUGGUUUCCCAUUAUGUGCAUGUGUUGUAGCAAUCACAACCUCGGCUUUGUGUGCUUGUCCCUCAUCUCUCACAUACCAGAAGAGGAGCUACUUCUUAUUUUAAAGUAAACAUUGUUCCCUGUGACAUUCAAACCCAGAGAACUGCAAAGGCUUUUUAGUAUUAUGUUUAGUGAGAGCAAUUUAGAAUCAAGCUAUACUUUUUAGAGAGGGGCUUGUUUUCGAACUAUAUUUUUGACAAACCCAUAACCUCUAUAGGUUGCCUUAUUAACAGAUCUUAAAUUUGACAAAUCAUAGUUUCCCAGGUUUGAACAUCACAACGAACAAUGAUUAGGAUAAAACUAAGUGGUGGCUCCUCUGCCAUGUGGAAGGGGAGAUGGGAAAACUUGCAACCCCAAGGCUUAGCCUUGCAGGACAUUACUUGCAAACCCAGCCAGUCUUACAUAUGUUGGCAUUUGACAUGUACCUGGUAAUUCUAUCCAACUUUUUAAAAAACGAAUGCUUUCACAAUAGGGUCUCUAUUUUUCUCUAUCAUGACAUAAGAUCUCUUGGCAUGUUGGUCAUAAAUGCAACAAAGCUACACUUGUUCAAUUCUGCAUGCAUGCACCUGUUAAGGCACAGCUUCUGUAAGAAAAUGGGCAACAAUUUAUUCUUAUCAGCAAUGGGAUGGAGAGGGGAUGCUGCAAAGUGGGACACAUCACAUUUGAGCAGCUUGAGAGUGGAUCACACAGACACACACACACACACACACACACACAACAAAGGAUCUCCCGUCUACAAUAAACCUUGAUUAAUUUGGGGUUUUUAAAAACUGUUUUGCGUCCGGCUUUCAAUGCUUUAAAUGAACUGACAUUAUCAUUUAUAGUAACCUUCCAGGAAAAAAUAGAAUGAGACUUGUGUGAACUUUGUUGUACAUUACUAUUAAAAUUAGUCAUAUAACAAGUUGACAGAGCCUCUUUUUAAAUUUGUUUAAGUCUGUCGUGAUUGCAUUGAUGGGAAACUUUAUAACUU